CUGGGGUGGAAGGGGCGGGAGUGGCCCUGGCUGAGCCAGUACGAGGCUCUGCCUUUCCCACCCCAGAGCCAUGGGGAGCCAGGGUCCUGGUGGGCCGCCCCUGGUGCAGGUUCCCUACUCGGUUCUGCUGCUGCCACUGGAAACAAGCCGCCAAGACUCAGGAGCCCAGAGCUUCUUCCUUUGGUUGGAGAGGAUGCAGGCCCUGGAGAGAAAACAGGACGCCCUGUGGCAGGGGCUGGAGCUACUGGAGCAAAGCCAUGCCUGGUUCGAAGACCACCUAAGGGAAGCACAGCGUCAGCAGCUGCAUCUGGGGGCCCUGGGGGAGAAUUUUCUAACAGAUUUGCACUCAGAUUCUGGUGGCCCUCAGUUAACCCAGAUUCAAAAAAUGAACAUGUGUUUGCAGAAUCUGAUUCGGAAGAUCUCUCCAAAUCCAUUAAACAAGGCUAGCUCCCAGGCUACCCAGUACCAGAAGGAAAAGUCAAAGCAGCAGAAUUUGUGGCAGCAACAGGUAAACUGGGGUGGUGGGAGCCCUGGCCCACGGGGCAUGGGAUACACGAUGUGCAGUCUGUUUCUCUCCUCUUCUCCAGGCGUUGUCAAGGAAGCAGAAAGGAGUCAUCCAGCCCAAGGGGGAGAUAGCUGGGCCAGGCGGCUCCCAGGGGUGGAGGGGCCCUACCCUCGUGUGAACCUCCUCCACUCCUGCCCCUCGGAAGAAGGCGGCAUCAGGACCUUCUCUUCUUGUUCUUGUCUUACUCCACAGCUUGAUGGCUCCGGGAUGUGUUACAAUUAAAUUCAAUUUUAAAUCUA